UGGAAUCCAACGGCUAUCAGUUUUCGACAUGGGUAGCCACCAAGUGAUAGUUCGCAGUUGGCUCUGCCGUGAUGCUUGAGUAUCACUUCCCUACAAUUUUCGUGUAGGUAAAGAAAUUUAUUUGCUAAAGCUAAUCCAAUAUCCACAUUUUUCUUUCAAUUGUUGUCCGCAAAGAAAAAGAUAUCUAUUAGGGUUUGGAAGCAGAGAUGGGUUUAACAAAUUUCAUAAUCACGGUGGCCGGUGUCAGCGCCGUCGUUUUGUUGCUGAGAAGUGAUGUUAAGCAAUCGGCUGCCAUUUUUAGGCGCAACGUCAAGCAUAUCCGCAACUGGCUCGAGGAGGAAUCCGCUGCCGCCUCCAAGACUGCAGAGAAGCAAACACCCAAAGAACUGGAAUCAAAGGUUCCUCAAAAAGACAUCCCCAAGGAGGACAAACACUAGAUAGAAUAAAGGCUUGGGAUUUAAGAGAAUUUCUUGUAUCUCCUUUGCAUUGACGCUAUUGUUAAAAUAAGUUUUGAUUAAUAUCUAGAGAUAUUUGCAUCUAGAAUUUCUUUACUUUGUUUAACCUUUUUGCAGUCACUUGAUAUGUCAAUAUGUAUUUAGCAAGAACUGAAUUAUACUGAUCAAUUUUGUUAUAGAAAGUCCUAUUUCAUUCAGGCUUC